UACAUUUCCCAGCGAGCACUGGACACUAGAUUGGCCACUCAUGGCGACAUGCGCGCCCGCCAGGGAGGACCAGAGGUAGCUUCCUGCUUCUUGACUCCGAAGUGGGCCACAGAGACUAGUUCCCGCCUGCCCGGCUUCCCUUGGGCCCUAAGAGCGCCAUCAGCCAGUCUUCAACACCAGACUUCCACACCGGAAGUGCCUCACCGAAAGUGGUCCCACAGAAGCGGAAACAUCCGGCCUCCCAGAAGGAACUAGUUUUCAAUGUCCUCUCAGCGGAAGGCGGCAAGUUCCAAAAGGUUGCUGACAGUCUUUGAGGAUAGUCAGAAGGACGAGGCGAGAGAUCGGCCUCAGCGCCUGGCUUUCUGGGUCAUUUCCAGAACCCAGGUCUUAUCGCCGGGAACUGAGAGUGCCGAAGGCAGAGGGCGGUUUGGACAAACAGCCAGGUUGGGGCGGCUGAUGGGCACGGAUGGUCUUUGAGGAUUUGAAUGUAUAUCACUACCAAGAAGACUGUGUGAGCACAGAUCGUGCUCAGCAACCCAGCUCAGAGAAGGAAAACAGUAGUCAUGUUGGGGAGAUGAUGUCACUGGCAGGCAGUGAGAGUGAUCUCAGGGAUGAAGAUCUUCAGAACCAAGAUUGUAAAGAGAAAGCUUCAAAUAUUGAUGCAAUGGGUUAUUCCUGGGUUUCUGAGCGACCUCCAGCUUGCCAAGAAGAAAGAAUAAACAUUCUCAUUCCACAUCAGAAGAAAUUUAGAAGCCUUCUAGUUACAAUUGAAAAUAAUGUUCUCCUGGAAGAUCUCUUGAAAUCUGUGGACAUUAAUAUUACUGCACUUUCUCAAGAUGAGAAAACAAAGACAUUGUCCACAUGUCCGUGUGGGAAGCAGUUUCAUGAAAGGUCUUACCUUAUUUCCCACCAGAGGAUUCACACUGGUGAGAACUCUGACUGUAGCCACUGUGGGAAAGGAUUCAAUCAUAAAACAAACGUUAAUAAGCACAAGUGAAUCCAUACAGGGCAGAAACCCUGUUCCUGUUCUCAGUGUGGGAAAAACUUUCAGCAGAGUUGCCAUGAAGGAAUUCAUGUAAGGGAGAUAAUAUUUAAGUGUCUAGAAUGUGGGAAAACCUUACAAAAUGAAGAAUUCAUGCUUCAUCUGCAGAGUCAUGAGGCUGAGAACCAUACAGUUGUUUAAAAAAAAAAAAAAAAGUGGAAGAUUGGGCUGGUGUCAGCCCAUAAGUGGCACAAGAGAACUCACUUGGCCUCUAAAACCUAGGAGCAGAAAUGAGGUUAGGAAAGGUCCUGCCUCUGUCAGAAAAGUUUCACAAAGAAUUAUGAAUCCCAAAUACUUUGAGAUUAAAGGACACUUCUAAAUAAAUGGGUCAAGGGGAAAAAAUGUCAUGUAAAACAUGGCAAAGAUGCAAAUAAAAUUUAGUGUUCUAAUGUGGGCAAGAUGAAGAGAGGGGCAGCAGGGACGGCUCUGCCCUCUCAUGCACAUCUGAGCAGGAUCUGAGGAAUGGCUUUUAGCUUUCCAUUUCGGUAACGAGGCCUGAGAAAACUAAAAGGGAAGGUUUAUUUUGACUCCAUCUCUGAGCUCUCCAUCCAUACUUGUUGACCUCUUGUUUUGGAUCUGUGGAAGCUCCCUAUAUCAAGAAGGGAGUGUGGGCUCAAGGGGGUCUAUUUACCUCAUGGGGUCCUGCCAGCAAAGGCAGACACAGGAGAUGUUAGAAGUACUAAUAGAACCGGGCGGUGACAGCGCAGGCCUUUAAUUCCCGCACUUGGGAGGCAGAGGCAGGCAGUUCUCAGUGAGUUUGAGGCUAGCCUGGUCUACGGAUCGAGUCCUAGGACAGGCUGCAAAGAUACACAGAGAAACUCUGUCUUGUAAAAAGAAAACAAAAAGUCCUAUGUCCCCUUAAGUAUCUGUUUAUGACCUGGCUUCUUUGCACUAAGCCUUACCCCCAAAAGUCCCAUCACUUCCCAAGAGCAACCACACUUGUAGCACAUAAACCUGAAACACAGGUAUCAGAAAUCACUGAGGAAGCAUUACUAGCCCUCUCUACAUUAAGAGAAUGAUAAAAGGGAGCUGGGGAGAUGGCUCUGUGGUUAAAAGAAUGGCUGGUAUUUCAGAGGACCAAGUUUGGUUCCCAGUCCCCACAUAUCAGCUAACCCCUGUAACUCCAGUUCCAGAGGACCCAGUGCCCUCGUCUGGUCUCCUCAGGAACUGCACACACAAAAUACACAGACCUACAUACAGGCCAAACACCAUAUACUUAAAUAUAAAUCUCAAAUUUUAAAAGAGUGAUAAAGGAGUUCUAUGAACAUACCUGCUCACAAACUGUAAAACAUAGGUGAAACAGAUGAGUUCUUUUAAAGACAGUUACAUGUCAAUCCUUACCCAGGAAGAAAUAGUAUGAAUAGCUGUAAUCACCUUGCUGGGUCGGGUCUUCCUGUCAGUUGUGCUCACAUCAAAGACUGUUGAGAGAAAGAAAGCUUAGUGCGGUCACCCAGGAGCUGGGUGGGCACAGUUUGGAGUUUUGCCAAUGAAAGUAAUGAAUUUCAUAGGACAGCUGUAGCAAGUAAGGUCUCUAUGAUUGUAACAUCACAAGAGGUUAUUCUGGAAGAACCACUGAGAACAUAAAGAAUAUUGUCCUGUGCCAGA